AUGUAAAGUGAAUAAUUGAGUGAAUAAAAAUUAUAUGCUUGGGGAAGUGCAGAAUGUGAUUAAUUUUUGGCUAAAGAUGAAGAUGACGAAGAGAUGUAUGAAGUAAAAAGACCAUAUCAAAUAAAAGAAUUAAAUAAUCUAUCUAUAACUUAAGUGGCAUGUGGAGGAAUGCAUGCCUUAAUUUUGACAUCAUAAGGAAAAGUAUUGCAUUUAUUUAACAUAAAUUAGGUAUAUUCAUUUGGAUGUGAUGACAAAGGAGUUCUAGGUAGACCUAAAAUAGAAGGAUAGGAUGCUCGAGUACCAGCACUGAUUACAGAUCUUCCUCCUGUUGAUAUGAUUGCUUGUGGUAGUUCUCAUUCAAUUGCUGCAAAUUCCAAUGGUUUAGUAUAUUUCUGGGGAUUUUAUGCAAAUACUCAUGGUCCAAUUGGAGAACCAGUAUAAAAGCCAAAAAAAAUGGAUAAUAUUACAGAAGGAAUCAAAAAAAUACUAUGUGGUUAAAAUCAUACAAUGGUAUUAUUAGAAAGUUAAAAAGUAUAUUAUUAAUAUUUAUAUAUAUAGUUAUUAACAUGGGGAGAUGCAGAAACAUUAGUAAUAGGUAGAAAAAGUGAAACUAGAAGAUCUAUUAUUUAAAAUUUAAAUCCAUAACCAAUUAAGAUGAAAAAACCAAUUUUAAAUAUUUUUACAGGUGCUUCACAUGCAUUUGUUAAAGUUUAAAUGAAAGAAAAUAAAGUUGGAAUAUUUGGUUGGGGAUUAAAUAAUUAUGGAUAAUUGGGUAUUGGUAAUCAAGAAAAUUAAUAAUUACCUGUAUUAAUUGAAUUUUUUGAUAAUAUUGAUGUUAUUGAUAUGGUUGGAGGAGAACAUCAUAGUAUAGCAUUAGAUUCUGAAGGAAAUCUAUAUUCAUUUGGUAGACAUGAUGAUGGACAACUUGGAUUAGGAGAAGAAAUUAAUGAACAAUUAAAAGAAUAAGCAUAAAAAUAAUUAGAAGAAGAAAUAUAAUCAUAAAAAUUGAAUGAAAGCAAUAAAAAAAAGAUAAGCAAGAAAAAUAAAUAAUAGGGAGAACUAUUUGAAAUAUAAAAAUCAGAUAAAGUUAUAGGAUAUGAAUUCAUUACUAUUCCAUAAAUGAUUAAAGAUAUUCCAAAAAUGUAAUCUAUUUAAUCUUCUAUGCAUUUUAAUUUUGCCAUUUCUCAAUAAGGUUAAAUAUUUUCUUGGGGAAAUGGUUAAAGUUUUGUAUUAGGUACUAGAAAUGAGAAUUCCUAAUUCAAACCAAAAGAUGUAAAUUUAUUUAUUUAUCAUUUUAAUAGAUUACAUCAAUAUUUAAAAAUGAAAAGUUAUUAUAAAUAUCACUUGGUGCAAGUCAUGUGAUUGCAUAUACAUCAACUGAUUUAAAUUAUAAUACAUAAAAAGUGGAUGAAUCUAUUAUAAAAAUACAUGAUUAAAAAACUAAAAUUAAGAAACCAAGAAGAAGCAAUAGUAGAGAAGGAAGUAAAGAAAAGAGUUUAUCUAUGAAAAGAAGUGAAUAAAAGUUUGAUGAAAGUUUAAUCCCAGUAAAAGAUUUGAAAAUUGAUUGA